CAAUUUUUCUGUUGAUUUAUUAGUGUUUGCAAAACAAUAAACUUAUUGUUGUUGCGGGAGCAUUAACUUAUUGAAAUAUGAUAAUUAAAAUGAUUGAAGUAGUGUGAAUUUAAUCGUGACAUAUUAUUUAUUAAUAUACAUAAAAAGAUUUUGUUAUUGACAGUGGUAGAAAAAUGGAAAUGUGUGAACCUUUUCAAACUUGUAUUGACAAAUUGUAUUUUUGCUUGUUUCUUCGAAGAUAUGAAUGAGUGUUUCUCAGUAUAACUGUUAGACAUGUACAGAGCAAGAAUAAUAUUAACCAACAAUAUAAAGUUAUUUGUACUUUAUUAAAAUCAGACGCAAUAAUAAAUGAUUGGCUGAACUACUCAAUGCAGAACAAGCAAUGAGCGAUAGGAGGGGGAAACAGGUUUUGCUGCUGCUCGGAGGGUUGUUGAGUGUGGCACUCACAUACCAAGAUAAGGGGAGGCCAGUGUAGGGAUAGAAGGAUGGUGACUCAUCUACUUAUACAAUACAAUUAUGAUUGGGCAUACGAUCAGUAAAGGCUUGGAUGGUAUUGAGGAGGAGGGGCUUUUUAUUGCUCUGACGGCAAGGCUGUUGAGGUGUUAUUUAUUGACAGCCUCCGCAAUAAAUAUUUUGAGUGCUGUCACUAUAAUAUUGGGGUUCUGUUUGCUCAAGUUCUUUGACCUUUUUGUUGCUUCUUGAUUUGAGGCUACUGGAACAGUUUCCUCUACUUCGACUUCUCAAGUGGUUCCCCCAUCCGAUAACCCGGGUUCCCAGUUGAUGAGAUUACGAUAAUUGGGUUAUUAUUGUAGUCAUAAUGGUUUGUGUCUGAGCUGUAGCUUAAGACGUAGAGGAAGAAAGUAAAACCAGUUGUAAAGAGCAGUUUGUUCAAGGUUAAGGUGACUGAUGUCCUGGUUAGAGAUGACAUGAUAUGUUCUGUCAUAUUCACUGGACCAAGCCAGUGGUAGGCUAUUGUAUUAUGAUAAGAAAUUGGUUUAGUAAUAUUCACAAAGUCAUGUUGAUAACCUAGUCAUGUAAAGCUUUUGAUUUGUAAUAUUUAUUAACUAUUACAUACAUUGAACAAAAGUUUUCUUAAAAAAAAAAAUGGAUUUUAACCACACAAUAACUUUAUCUCAAUAUAGUUUUUACUUUUAUUGAAUGGACUGCAAAUCUAACUAAUAUAUAACUUCAAACCAAGUUGGCCAUGACUGUCUGACACUUGUCAGCAGGUCACUUAUCCACCAAUCUGACUUCAACUCAAAAAGUGUUCUUUAUGACAGCAGGUCCAUGACUGUCUUGACACUUGUCAGCAGGUUGCAUAUCCACCACCAAUCUGACUACAACUCAAAAAGUGUUCUUUAUGACAGCAGGUCCAUGACUGUCUUGACACUUGUCAGCAGGUUGCAUAUCCACCACCAAUCUGACUACAACUCAAAAAGUGUUCUUUAUGACAGCAGGUCCAUGACUGUCUUGACACUUGUCAGCAGGUCACAUAUCCACCAAUCUGACUACAACUCGAAAAGUGUUCUUUAUGACAGCAGGUCCAUGACUGUCUAGACACUUGUCAGCAGGUCACAUAUCCACCAAUCUGACUACAACUCAAAAAGUGUUCUUUAUGACAGCAGGUCCAUGACUGUCUUGACACUUGUCAGCAGGUCACGUAUCCACCAAUCUGACUACAACUCGAAAAGUGUUCUUUAUGACAGCAGGUCCAUGACUGUCUUGACACUUGUCAGCAGGUCACAUAUCCACCAAUCUGACUACAACUCAAAAAGUGUUCUUUAUGACAGCAGGUCCAUGACUGUCUUGACACUUGUCAGCAGGUUGCAUAUCCACCACCAAUCUGACUACAACUCGAAAAGUGUUCUUUAUGACAGCAGGUCCAUGACUGUCUUGACACUUGUCAGCAGGUCACGUAUCCACCACCAAUCUGACUUCAACUCAAAAAGUGUUCUUUAUGACAGCAGGUCCAUGACUGUCUUGACACUUGUCAGCAGGUUGCAUAUCCACCAAUCUGACUACAACUCGAAAAGUGUUCUUUAUGACAGCAGGUCCAUGACUGUCUUGACACUUGUCAGCAGGUCACGUAUCCACUAAUCUGAAUACAACUCGAAAAGUGUUCGAUAGUAUACUUCAACUGUAUUUGUAAUAAAUCUUGUACACUCAUUGAUUGAUAUUGGAUAAAUAGUUGUGUACAAAGUUCACGUUG